AUGGAUCGACGUGAGACGUAUACGACUCAGCAGCCCGAUGGCACCUACGUCACAACAACCACAAGGGAACGCACCAAAUACAAAGAGGAGAGCGUAUGGUCAUGUGGGCGUGGCCAAACCGACAAGUAUUACUGUAUGGGACCACACGGAGUGCUGCGAAUCACCCAAAUUUUCUUCUGUUUGGUCAUCAUCUCGCUCAUCUCGUCGGUGUUCGGUCCGGGACCAUUCAAGGGCGUCCUGUUCGGCCAGACGCUUCUUCUGCUCGCCGCCGGCGUCGCCAUGGUGCUCACGUUCAUCUUUCUCAUCGCCUACUUCUUCACACUCAAUCUCACCCAUUUGGACUUUUUCUGUUGGCGUGAAGCGGACCUCGUGUUCUCGGUGACGUGCGCGUGCGUCUUCUUCAUCCUCUCGUUCGUCGAAGCCUACUACUCGACGGGCAGCUGGUCGAACAACUGCAACGACAUCGGCUCCGACGGCCUCAUUCACAAUGGAUGUCGCAUCAUCUACGAGUGGGCGUUCGCCGCGUUUUUGACGUUCGUCCUCGCCGUCCUCUACGCGAUGUCCGCAUUCUUCGCCUACCGUAAUCGGCAUUCUCUACGCGUCUCACGCGAAGAGCUCUACUAA